AUGGAACUUCAAAAUCAAACAGAUAAUAUUAUAAUCUCUUAUAAUAAUAAUUUUUUAUCAAAUUCAAAUAAUGGAUCAUUACUCUCAACUCGGAGGGAUGUCAUAACUCAUACUAGAAAUCAUUCACUUCCUUUUCCAAUGACCAACAACAAGGCAAAUCAAUCAAGUACAUCUUCUAAUGUUCAAACUUCUUCACAUCGUCGUGUAUUUAGUGCUAGAAGUCUUUCACAAAAAAAUUCCAAUUCCAAUUCUAAGAUCGAUCCUAAAAAUUCAUUUUCACAAGAAAUCCAAGAUAUAAUUAAUUCCAUUGAUUCCGCUAGUGAUACCAAUUCUUUAUUUUCUUCUACUUCGAAUAUUAGCCACGAUGAUAACAACCAUAAUGAUCAUAUUGAUUAUGUUAACCACGAGGAGGCAGAUGAAUCAUCUGAAUUAAGUCAAAUUUAUACAAGAAAUGCAUCAAAUAGUACAUUAUUGAGUCCUUCUUCCUCUAUUCGUUCAGUACAUCACUUCACUCAUAUUCAUCAAAAACGAUUUUCAAGAACCAUACAACACAUUUCAUCAUUUUUACAGAUUAAUGCAAAUAUCAGUUCAAAAAUAAAUUUUCCUGUAACAAUAGAAAAAUCAUUUACAGUAGAAAGAUUAGCUCGUCAGAUUGAAGCUGAAUAUGCUUUCAAAUUCGGUGGAAUUGAAACUGUAAUUCAACAUGAACCUCUUGAAGUUGGUUUGCUUUACGAUGUUAGUAUGGUUGCCUUACGUUUUCGAGAUUUGGUUGGUGAUGUCUUGGAACAUGGCGAUACGGUACAUGUAUUAAACAUUUAUGAAAGUUAUCAUCCUCGAUUAGAUCAAGAAGAUGAAUCAGAAUUUGAUAAUUUAAAAUACAUUGUUGAUAAAGAUCUUCCACCAAUUCCUCCAAUUUCUCCUAAUAAUGAAUCAAUAAAAGAAAAAAGAUUAAGCUUGCCAAAUAUUUCUUCUAAUAAUGUUAAUAAUGAUAACAGUGAUAUCAGUGAUAAUAUAGAUGAAGUUAUUCCAUCCAAUCAAAUAAAUUCUUCCAUAUCCACACCAAAUUCCCCUGAAAUAUUAAAUUCUUCCAGUAGUUCAUUACCAUCUAUUAAUCAAAUACAAAAUACAAUUCAAGCUUCAGAAUCUCGUUUUCAAGCAGUACUUGCCAAUACUCUUUCCUUAAAUUAUUUUCAAAAAUUUGCUAUUCGUGAAUUUUCUGCAGAAAAUUUAUUGUUUUGGCUUGAAGUGGAAUUAUUUGCGGCAGGAGUUUCUUGUGAUAUAGAAAACAAUUAUUAUGAAGAACAGCAAUCUGCAGUCAUUUACGCUAGAUAUAUAUUUCUUACAUAUAUUUGCGUGAAUGCUCCGUUACAAGUUAAUUUAAGUGAUGAAAUAAGGAGAGAAAUUGCUUGGCCAAUAGAUGAUGAUUGUGAGGUAGAAAGAAAUAUGUUUGAUGAAGCACAAGAAGCUGUUUAUCAAUUAAUGAGAGGGCAUACCUUUAUUCGAUUUGAAGAAAGUCCUGAAUGGAAAGAAUGUUUAAGUAUAAAGAAAACAGGUAUUGGAAAAAUAUUCAUAAAAAUAUCUUAUGAUAUGAUUGAGCCUCUUGAAAAAUAUUUCCGUCCAAAUAUGUCUUUAAUGUUGGUAAUUAACAACAUGAGUCUUAAUAAUAGUUCUGAACAAGCACCAAUUUCUCAUCAUUUCAAAGAACAAACUCUUCAUUCUACAUUAUCCCAAUACUUUCCUGAAACAAUACUUCUUGAUAAUAAAGGAGAAAGAAUAGAUACUAAAUUUGAACGGGAGAUAAAAGGUGUUGAUGGUUAUUUUGAUGUAGAAAAUCGGAUGACCAAUGCACAAAGGAUGAGACGAAUGAAAAAGGAACGUAAACUUCAAUGGGUAUUUGGGGAAAAAGUUGGUAGAAUUGAAGAUCAAAUCAUAGUGUUACCUAAAGAAAAUCUCUACGGUAAUGGUAAAAUAGGAUUUGGCGAAGAUGAUGAUUUUAAAAGUGCAUUUUCAAUUGAUUCCGUAAAUCGAAAAAUGGCAAAAGAAGUAUGGAAUCGAAAGAAGAGAGUUGAAAAGCUAGAAUCUAUAUUUGGACGAGGAUUGAAAGAUUCUCAAACAACUCCUAAUAUAUUUAAAAGUAAAAAAAAUUCCGCACCAACAAUAAUUACAACUCAUAAAAUGCCCCAAACCCUUGGAUUAAAUGUGAAUGAUACACAAAAAAUACGGACUACGAAUGAAUUAAAUAAAAAUGAUAAACGAAUAUUACGAAGGAAAAAUAGAAAAUUAAAAGUAAUUCUUGGUGAAAAUUUUGAUGAAAAUAUGGUCUAUCAAACAUUGGCUCAACCAGCGAUUCAGUCGCCUACACCAACUAAAAUCCCUAAAACUGGUAAAAGUUCAUUUUAUGUUAUUAUGAACAUAGAUACCAAAGAAUAUAGACGUAAGAAAUUACAAAAACUUAAUAGUUUUUUGGGUGAAAGAGUUCCAAUCGAUAUAGCAUUGGGUAAGGAGGCAGAUUUUAAAGUUGUUCCAUUACCACCCGUACCCAAACCAAAAAAUAAGAGGAAUGGAUCAAAUUCAUUUUAUUCACAAAUUUCACCAACAAGGUUAUCAGCGAUAGAUAGAAGACGUCAUCUUAAUCGAGCAGUUAAAUUGGAAAAAAUGUUUGGAGAGAUCCCUCCACAAGAUUUAAUUUUAUCUAAAUCACCGGUCAAGAAUGAUCCGGGAAUUUUAAAUUUAGAACAUCAUAGAAGAAGUAUUGUAUCACUUGAAUAUUUAAUGGAUAAUGAUAGAGAUGCAAUGUUUGAACUUAUUAAUUAUAUGGCAGAUAGUGAUGGAAAUAAUGAUUAUGAGGAUAGAGCAGGAUAUUCUCAAGGUUCUGCGUCAACUUCAGCACCAACAACUCCAUAUGUUAAUUUUUCAUCAUCACCACCACGACAAAAUGUUGGGGAUAAACAAGAACGAUUAAAGAGUAAUCGUAAAUUGUCACACUUUUUUGGUGCUUCUUAUGGACAAAUGUUUCCUGAUCAAAUUCUCGGAGAAUUAUUAUAUGACCUUGAAAGAGAAAUUAGAGAGGAGGCCAGACAAAGUGAGAAAGUUGAUAAGACAGUUGUUGAAGAUUUGAUGGGACAAAUAGAUGAAUUACGAGUGAAAAGUAAUGGAUUUGGACCCGUGGGUUCAGAAGAUGAGAUUGGUGAGGAUGAUACGAGUACAGGGGGAGAAGAUACAGCGCUUACAGAUGAUGAGUUAACUCAAUCUAUACGUAAAAGAUUAGAACUAAAUAAAAAGAAAAGGGUUGUUUCACGUUCAUAA